AUGAUGAUCCGGACGCACUCAAUGCUGUAUCAGCAGGGUAUCAAUAUCUUGGCAUGCUUCAAGGAGUAUCCGAAAGCCAUACCGGCAGUGCAACGCGGAGCGGAGAUGCACCGCGUGGCUAUUGUUAGUAUAUUGAAUGAAAUCUGGCGGACGUAUCAAGAGGAUGAAGACUAUCAUUUCGGUCGCAUGGUCCUCUCCAAACGAUCUGAUAAGGAGUUCGCGAUCUUAGAUUCCCUCCAGCGACAGUUGGUAGUGCUCAUCUUCACGCUGGAGUUGCUACGCGCAGUGAAACCCACGCCUGACGUUAGAGAGUACACAAACAUUGCGUUGCAAGUGUGUAGUCAGUUUGUCAUGAUUCGAGGUGGGGAGGGUAUCGGGUUGUUUAUCAGGGGCAAGCCGACCAAGAAAGCCAUGCUUCGCUGGCCACGCUUCAAGGCGAUGUAUAGUACUAUUCAGCAGUACGUGAAAAAGAUGCAAGCACAUCUGGAAAGCCCAGAGGGGAUCAAAUUUGUGGAGUACUUCCUUCGGAGGUGUCACUUCGACGCUCUUGUCAUUGAACCCAAGGCAUCAAGUGUG